CAGCCCCAAAGAGCGUAUCCCAAUGUCAGCUAUGGAUUUCUACUACCUACCCGGUUCGGCUCCAUGCCGAUCAGUUAUUAUGCUUGGCAAAGCUCUGGGCCUUGAGUUUAACAAGAAAAUCGUCAACACUAUGCAGGGCGAGCAAUUGAAACCAGAAUUUGUGAAACUUAAUCCACAACACACAAUCCCAACACUGGUGGAUAAUGGUUUCUCCAUUUGGGAAUCCCGGGCCAUUCUCAUUUAUUUGGUGGAGAAGUAUGGCAAGAACGAUUCACUCUAUCCCAAAGAUCCUCAGAAGAGGGCACUGAUUAACCAGCGUCUGUACUUUGAUAUGGGAAAGCUGAACAAGUCCUUUGGCGAUUACUUUUAUCCACAAUUCCGUUUCGGUAAACCUGGCGAUCCAGAAGAUUUGAAGAAAAUAGAGGACGCCUUUGGCUUCCUAGACACAUUCCUCGAAGGUCAACUAUAUGUGGCCGGCGAUCAUUUAACUUUGGCUGACAUUUCCAUUCUGGCCACCGUCUCCACUUUUGUUGUGGCUGGCAUCGAUAUUAGCAAGUAUCAAAAUGUGACCAAGUGGUACGAGAAUGCCCAGAAGGUUACACCCGGUUGGGACGAGAACUGGGAAGGACUGAUGCAGUUGAAGAAGAUGCUGGAGACAAUGUUACCUGCCAAGAAGUAAAUUCUUCCGUUCCUUAGAUAUCUACAUUUAAUGUAAUUUAUUUUUAUAUUGAAUAAACUUAUAAGAUGAGUGUUAAA